UGAAACCAUGACCAGGUGGGCACGAGUUACUACCACACAUAACAAAAGACCCUUGCAGGCAACUUCAUGGGAGGACAUGAAGAAUGGGUCCUUUGAGGAAAAAAGCCAAAACCGACCAAAGAGUAAACAACUUGAAGCCAAUAGGCUGUCCCUUAAAAAUGAUGCACCCCAAGCAAAACACAAAAAGAACAAAAAGAAAAAGGAGUACUUAAAUGAAGAUGUGAAUGGAUUCAUGGAGUACCUAAGGCAAAACUCACAGAUGGUUCACAAUGGGGACAUGAUAGCAACAGACAGUCAGGAAGUAAGGGAAGAAAUUGCAGUUGCUUUGAAGAAAGAUAGUCGUAGGGAAGGAAGACGAUUAAAAAGACAAGCAGCAAAGAAAAAUGCAAUGGUCUGUUUCCAUUGUAGACAACCUGGCCAUGGGAUUGCAGAUUGCCCAGCCGCCCUUGAGAAUCAAGAUAUGGGCACUGGAAUAUGUUACCGGUGUGGAUCCACAGAGCAUGAAAUAACCAAGUGCAAAGCUAAAGUAGACCCAGCUCUUGGUGAAUUUCCUUUUGCGAAAUGUUUUGUUUGUGGGGAAAUGGGGCACCUGUCCAGAGCUUGUCCUGAUAAUCCCAAAGGACUCUAUGCUGAUGGUGGUUCCUGUAGACUUUGUGGUUCUGUGGAACAUUUUAAGAAAGAUUGUCCUCAAAGUCAGAGUUCAGAUCGAAUGGUUACAGUUGGUCGCUGGGCAAAGGGAAUGAGUGCAGACUAUGAAGAAAUUUUGGAUGUGCCUAAACCACAGCAACUCAAAACAAAGAUACCUAAAGUUGUUAAUUUUUGAUAAUGAUUAGUAUGAUCAUAAGUUACCACCUCAUUGUUAAAUUCUGAACUGGGCAUUCUCAGAAGUUGGAGCUGGCAUCCCUUGGAGAAGCCGAUUAUAGAUAUCUAUGUGAUCUGGGCGUGGUCAGUUUCUUGACUACUGUCCAUCAAGGAGUACUUCUUCCACAGAGAAAAUCGCUAAAGAAAAGCAUAAGAUAUUUAAACUGGAUUCUUUAAAAGAACCUAUUUUUAACAGAUAGAACAGGUGUAACUAAGUGGUUAUAUACCUAAAUGUAACACUCAUCUUUUUCUUAAAAACAAAAUUAUGCAUUAAUCUGAACCACUCCUAAACAAAGAGUAAACUGCUUUGCAUUUGGAAAUGAAUUUUUGGUUAUAUUUUUUUCUAGGUUCAAAGUAUCAAUUUAUUAUUAUAGUAGAAAUGUAUAAGUUGCCACAAAACCUGCUAUAUUUUAAAAAUAUUUAAUAAAAACUCAUUUACUAUUA